CUUGCUGGCCCAUGCCGUGAAUAGUAACGAUUUUUAAUUCGAACCAAAUACAUAACGCACCUCGACGAUGACGAACAAAACAUUCAAGAUUUUGAUGUUAUUUGUGUUAGCCGCACUGUUCGAUGGCCAGCAUCAGGCCGUACAGACCAGUGCGCAGAUCAUUAGCAUCAAUUGCGGCGGACAACCAGCCAUCUGCGUUGGACCGGCAUCCUAUCAGCUCUGUGAAAGGAAUGUGGCAACUGGCAGUGUCCUACAGUGUCCACUCAGUACGCGCUGCAUCAAUGAAGGCGUGGAAAUUUGUGUACCCGUUAAAGUGGAUCCCAAAGCGCCCUCUGCUGCGGUUGCCAAGAUGACAACAGUCACCGAUCAUCCGAUUACCGGAGGCAGAGCAUCAGCGGCUAUCAUAGAGUCCACGACUAGCUCUGGAGGCAUUGUGGUUGCCAAUAGCACUGAAGGCCUAGUGAUUCUCACUACAACUGCGGCUUCACCCCAAACGACUACUCAGCUGCCCAUUGAGACAACAUCGGCUUUAAUUGAGACGACAAAUGCACCGGAGGAGACAACUACUAGUGAGCCUUUGCUAACAACUGCUCAGCCAAUUGUUGAAACAACGCUUGCACAGGGAGAGACCGAAACAACUGUUUCUAAUAUACCAGUGGAAACUACAAUUUUAUCUUCCGAGCCCAGUACAACAGUAGAUCCAAAUAUCCCAAAUGCUCCAACUAAGCCAACUCUCCCGGAGAUAACGACAUUACCUCCAGUAAACCCAAGUGAGCCAGAGGUAACCACAAUAUCACCGGUUGACCCUAAUGCACCCUUGGACCCAAAUGCACCUGUUGUACCAAAUACAACUGAAAGCACUGAGGGCACAACUCUUCUGCCCAUUCGUCCAACAGCAGAUCCCAAUGCACCAGUCGACCCGAACGCACCAGUUAGCCCAGAAGCCACCACCAUAUCUCCGACGGACCCAAACGCACCAGUUGACCCUAAUUCACCAAUAGACCCUAAUGCUCCUGUGGACCCCAAUGCACCCGUUGAUCCAAAUUCGCCAGUAGAUCCGAUUGAGCCAGUUGAUCCGAAUGCACCAGUCGACCCUAAUGCCCCAGUAGACCCAGAAGCUACUACAAUAUCUCCAGUUGACCCCAAUGCUCCAGUKGACCCCAAUGCUCCAGUCGACCCUAACGCACCAGUUGAUCCCAAUGCACCAGUGGAUCCCAACGCUCCUGUGGACCCGAAUGUACCAGUGGAUCCCAAUGCUCCAGUUGACCCUAAUGCACCAGUUGAUCCCAAUGCUCCAGUUGACCCCAACGCACCCGUUGAUCCGAAUACACCAGUUGAUCCGAAUGCACCAGUUGAUCCCAAUGCUCCGGUCAAUCCAAAUGCACCAGUUGAUCCCAACGCACCAGUAGAUCCCAACGCGCCUGUGGAUCCUAACGCACCAGUUGAUCCGAAUGCACCAGUAGACCCUAAUGCACCAGUUGACCCUAACUCCCCAGUGAAUCCCAACAGUCCUGUUGAUCCUAACUCCCCAGUUAAUCCCAAUUCUCCCACUUAUCCUUCCGUACCAUCUGUCCCUUCAGUUCCUGUGUAUCCAGGUAGACCUGGUUCAUGGCCAGGCUCAUGGCCUGGAUCAUGGCCAAAUCCAUGGCGCCCGAAUCAUCCCAUCCGUCCCAUUCAUCCACGUCCACCUAUUCGACCCGUUCCGCAACAUCCAUUCUGGCCACAGAGACCAUCGCAACCGGGCAACAGCAAUGGCAGUAACAAUGGAAAUACCCCCUCUGGAAAUCCAUUCUGGCCUAAUUGGCUUGAUUGGGUCAAUGGUUGGCGUCCAACUAAGAAGCCUACAACAGCUCCCACAGUGGCACCAACAUCAGCGCCGACAGAAAAUUCCAAAAAGCCGGAGACAAAUGAAUCAGUAGAGCAACCGUCUGAUGGACCAGUCUCCAAUGAAAAUGCUUCGGUUGAAGAGAGCAACAAGAAUCCCAAGGAUAAAAAGAAGCCAAAGUCAGAAAAGGACCAGUCCAAAGAGCAGGACAAGAAGAAGUCGGACUCCAAUGAAAACAGUUCUGAUGAGAAGAAAAAAGAAAAGGAAAAUAAGCGGAAAGAAGAAAAGGAAGAUAAGAAGAAGGAAAACAACAAGUCAAAAGACUCAAAUGAGGAAAAUGACAGCGAUAAGAAACAAUCUAGCAGCUCAUCUGAGGAUAAGAAUGACAAGAAAGAUAAGAAAAAACCAAAGGAUUCCAAAGAAGAUAAAGAGGAGAAAGAAGAGAAAGACAGCGAACAGAAGAAGUCCAACGAAGAUGAGGACAACGACGAUCUGAACUCCAAAGAGAAAAGGGAAUUUGUAAAGAAAGUCAUAAAAAAGCUAAGAAACGAAGACGAAUGCGAUGAAGACGAUGCCUAUCCAGAUGUGCGCGACUGCCGUAAAUAUUACCGUUGCGAAAUCAAGAAGUCCGGCAAACAUCGAUUCGUCCAUCUGCGCUGCGACAACAAGGAACGUUUCGACUACCGCCUUCUCAAGUGCGUCUCCAAGAACGAUGCGGUCUGCCUGCACAAGUAGGGGGCC